AUGGAUUCUUCUGCAGAGUUCUGUGGAGCUCGUGCUGAGCCAUCGAUUGAUUGUCGGGAAUAUCGCGCUUCAAGCCUAAUGGAUUUCUAUAGAGCUGAACGGAUUCGUGUGCUAUUCAUGCGGCAGGGUCUCUCAGUAGAGUCAACUGCAUCAGCUGAUUCCAGAGUAAAUGCUUCAAUGGACGACGAGAUGGAGAUCGUGAACGAUGAGAACGUAUUUUUGGAACGAAGCAGCGUAUCUGACAGAGGAGGCAGAGGUACAUUUUGA